GCUUAAUAAUUAUGUCAUAUCCGUGUGUCCAUGCUGCUCGCUAACCGAAAAGAAAUGUAUCUUCUAAAAUUUGCGUUUUGACUGGAUUGUUAUCGUCAAGAAUUGUACAUUUUGACGCAUUUUGUAUUUACUGAACAAGGUUUAUUCUGUACAUAAGCGUAAGUGUCGGUUUUGGUCGUAAACAUGAAGAAAAAGAACAGCUCAGAGAAGAAUCGGCAUGUGGUGGCGUGGAUCAACAAAGCGGAGUGGGACCAAGUCCUGGAAUAUCUCUACUCCAGCGACACGAGUCUGCAGAAACACGCUCUGCACAGGAUCUCAGCGUGGAAGUCCCGUUACGCGGGCAGCACCCCGGUAGCUGUGGAGUGUACUGCAGACCUGGUGAGGUGCCAGGUGCUGGACAGAUGUGGGCAUCUGGAUGGGCAUGAACUGGUUCUGCUCUAUGGCACCGCGCUCGUCCGAUUCAUAAACCUCAUCACAGAGCGUCAUCAGGGACGAGUGGCACGGCCGCUCCGGAAUCUCGCUGGUAAACUCAACAUCCCUGAGUGGAUAGUGGAUCUGCGGCACGAUUUCACCCACAGAAAGCUUCCGAGUUUAAAGUGGUGUCGGAAAGGCUGUAAAACCGUCCUGGACUGGCUUCAGCAGGAAUACUGGUCCCGACAGCUCAACAACGCCGACUGGGAAUCUCCAUCGGACGCAGAGGACGAGGACACGUUUAAGGACGAAACUACACGACAAAAAGAGAUGGAAAGCUACAAGAAAAUCCGCGAGCUUCUGAUAUCCUACGAAAAGGAGCAGUACCAGCUUUUUGAAAUCGGCGGUGGCGGUGAAGAUGAAGGUGUGGAAAAAUGGCCGGCGCCUUUCGCAGACAUGAGCUGGAUCUUGGCCGAGAUUAAGCAGUCUGGGUUGGAGUCUUGCGAUUUGCUUGUCGAUGUUUUGCUGGAAGACGGAUUUCUGGUGCCAACGUUGGAGCAGCUUGAGACUUUAAAUUGCAGUGCGUUCAAUGUCAACAACGCAACUCCACAAAUUCCACAAUCAUUCUUAAGGUUUUGGCUGCCCCUCCUGAAAAUACUUAACUCGCCCGCGUUCAUACACCUGCUUCUUGAAAAGCUUUUUGCAGAACUGAAGCAGCUUAACAAUGAACCGAACGACAACAGAGCGGACUUUGUCUCAGCCUGGAUCUCCGAAGUUCUUUUGUGCAACAGCAAGAAAUCCAACUUCCUUUUUGAGACGAAGGGACAACGGAAAGCGCGUUUAAAAGACCGGAUUUUUGUCAACCGAAUUCAGCUCAGAUGGCAGCAGCUCCUCACCGCGUGCUUGGAUGCUCCCUCUACAAGCACGCCGCACUUGCUCAAGCUCAUCUUAAACGACAUGGAGCAUCCUCUGCCCGUCGAAACGCAGGAGAAUUUGCUGAUGCUUUGCUCGAUCUACACUCAACAGUCAGAACCGUUUUCGCCAAGAAAAGACCAGCCAAUUUACACUCUAGAAAGCUUGCACGAGAAGCUGCAGAAAUCCAAACAACGGCAAAAGAAUGUGGAACGGAGUCGGGAAAGCAAGAUGUCCGAGAGCGACGCGGAUAAGGUCAGGUUGCUGAGAGGGUCGCCGUGGCAGCUGUGUACCGAAAAUGUGAUGUGGAAAAACUACCCUCUCGGUAAAGUUCCCGGACAGUCCGACGAUCCUUCCUGCCUCAUGCUGGAUAAUUAUUCAUCUCUGGCAGUGUCCGAUCAGCCCGUGGAGCUGGAGUUGCCGAUUCACAGCGCACCGAGAGCUUCGUCUGCUCUCAAAUCUGAAGGACUGCUCUGGACCGCCACUGAUGUUGGAAAACUUAAAUCCGGAAUAAAGCUUUUCUGAAAUGUCACGGUGGAAUGCUGUGUGUCCGAUGCCCUUUCACCUUCUUACACAUUGUAUGUUAGUGCAGCCUGAUGGAAAUAAUGAGGUUACACAUUCUCCAUCCAAGAGACGACUGUGAAAACCUCAAUAGGUGCAUAACUUUAAAUAUCUUUUGCUCAGAUGUUUUGUUGUUAACUUUGUACAUGUAACAAAAAAAAUAUUCUUUCUGUUAUGUUAAGUGGGAUUAAGGCACACACACACACACACACACCUUGUAUUUUGUUCAUUAAAAAGCACUUCAAACUUAAAAUUGUCUCCAGAUAAUGAUUCGGCAAUUCCUCCAAAAGGUGGUUAGAUAUAUAUUUUUAUAUUUUCGCGUGUUGCGUUUAUGCCUGUGCUGGAAUGUUCAGCAGAAUGUUGGAAUUGAUUAAAGACACGGGAACAUGGAAGACUAGUCAAAAUCAAUAUAAAGUACUGGUGUGAGAUAGUACUUUGACCUCGGGGUGAACAUACCUCUAUUGUAAAGUGACCCCCCAUAGGAUUUUGACUCCUCUUACUUUUUUCUUUAGUAGUUACUUAUCUGAUCAUUAUUUCUCAUGGCAUUUACUUGUAUUAUAUAUUGCUACAUAUUCAAGAAUUUUUAAGUUAUUUUAAGGAAUGUUUUGAUGGGGAACGGCUUGGUAUUUUGU